GGAGAACAUCCAUGAUAAGGUCAAACCACGCGGGGGUUUAUUCAUACUUUGGCGUUUAUUUUUUUUCUCAGCGUGUCGGCUUCUGUCGGUGAUCAUCACCCGGGACAAAGGAAUGUGGUGGUAAACUCUUUUGGGCCGGCCACAUUCCUCAGUGUCUUUGGCUGAAAUGAGAAGCUAUUCAACUAAGCAUUCUUUGUCUACCAGCGACCGGACCACCAUGAUGGGCUUUCGCCUGCAGCCUUUACAAAGUGUUUCCCUCGACAGUGCAUAAGCAGCUUAAACUCUCGCCAUCCAGGUUUUUUCUCCCCUGCCUCGGUGCCUGUCAAGAGGAGUGCUGUUCCUCGAAGCCUCUGUUGGAGCCAUGGACAUUAAACACCCGGCCCCGCCGGCAUUGCCUUCCUCGUGGACAAUCCCGCAAACAGUCAAUAUGAAUGAUCAUGGUAGGAAAUCGACUUGGACCACGCAAUUGUCGCCGUACCUGAGAGGUCUGAAGAUCAAGAACCUCAUGACGUCUCCUAAAUCACCAAAGUCGCCAAGGUUUCCACUAUCACCCAAAUCGCCGAGGUUCCCUCUAUCGCCCAAAUCACCGAGAACACCGAGACUUCUUGACGAGGACUCAUCGUUUCGAAUUAUACACACGCCCGACAGGCCAGAUCGGCCGAUAUCGAGACGGGCCAUUCCGAAUGACGAGCAAUGCAUGGAAUUCCUCAUGUCGCUGCAGAGACAAGAGGAACACAAGAGGGGAGGCGUCAAGACGGGCCUCAAGAUGUGGCCGUAUCCGGAGGAGCAGGAUGUGGAGGACCGCAGGUACCUCCGGAGUGUAAGGGUAGAGAGCGUGCACUUGGAAGAAGCUCGUCUAGCAAGGACCAAUUCCUCUGGCCCAGCAAAGGUCGUGGAAGUGGGUAGAAGCUCGACCAAGUCGACGAUGGCAUCACGGCGGUCAUACCACACCAGAACCCCCAGUGUUAGCGACGCAGGGGAUAUCGACGAAGAGCCUUCAUGCGGUCCUACGAUGGCCGUUGGCGAUGCACCCCUCUCUCCGCCGCCUACUCUGUCCCGCAGUCAAUCACGGUUGAGCUUUCACACGCCCAAGGCAAACACAUCUCGCUGGUCCGAUGACAGCAUCGAGUCCCUCUUCUCGUCGAGGAACAUUGACUCCCCAUGCCCCCAGCGAGUUACUGUCCGCUCAUCCUCCGAAGCGCUGUCUCCCACUGUUGUCGGGGACGAGUCCAUCGGCUCGUACUCGCCUCCGCUCCUGACACCGGUAAAAGACCGGCCUGCGACCCCGUUCACAGACCCCCGCCUCCGUGCGACAUCCGAACCGAUGACGCCUCCGCCGUCAGAUCAUAUUGUUCACCAGAUGAGCAUAAGCCCGGAGCCGGUGCCGAGGAAGUACUCAUGGCGCUCGUCCAAGGAUACCAUUCUCAACACUGGGGCCCCGAUAUCGAGAUUCCAGUCUUGGCUGCCAGAGGCGCGGCCGGAAGGGGAGAUCGAGGGGGACCAACAGCAGGAGCAGCAGCAGCAGCAGCAGCAACAACAACAGCAGGCUGAGCCGGAAGUCUACGGCGAGUGGGCGGACUACUACUUUGAGGAUGGCAAUUUCUGGGAAGACUAUUCGGAUGGCGACGAGGAAGGAGACGAGACUAGAGUAGAGGAAGAGGAGGAUGCUGACGCCGUCGAGAAGGAGGAGCAAGAUGUCUCUGAAGACGAAGAGGAAAAGGAGGAAGAGAAGGAAGAGAAGGCAGAGAAGGAAGAGAAUGAGGGUCAAAAGGACCGUCUUCGGGUCGACGACGAGGAGGUUUAUCCGCGUUACGAGAGUUUCAUCAAGGAUUACAAGAACAACGUCAUGAAUAUCACGGUUGCGAAGGUGUGAAGUUUCUCUUCCAAGGUUACUUACUUUUUUGGUUCGGGUUUGGGGAGUUUUACGGAUGGGAUGAUAUACCCAUCGCCUUAAGGGGGUUGAGAUUCUGUAACAGUAUUGUACGACCUUGGUAUUUAGUCGCGAUUACCCACUCGUUAUUUUUUGGAACAAAAAGAAAGCCUUUAUGAUUUGUUAUCCGCUCUGACU